AUGGGAAAAUCCGAGAAAGAAAACCUUACUACCAUUUUGCAUAAGCAUCUAGAAGAAAUGCAGCAGGCUUUCCAGGUUUUGGAAAGUAAACCUCGUUCAUCUCUUGAGAAAGUAGAUUGGGAGAAAAAACUUGAUAGAGUUGUGUUUAUGAGAUGCAGCUGGAUUGCAGAAGCACCAGACUGUGAAGAGUUGGAGGAGAACAUGAAGAUCCACUUUAGCAUGCUGCAAGAAUUUCUCUUGCUAGCACACAGGAGUAAGAUUGGAUCCGGUCCUACUCUUGCGGAUUUCAUCCAAGAAUCUGCAAAGCGCUUUGCUCAUAGCAUUUAUUCAUUUUUUAAGGAGGCUGUCUCCUGCUUUGGAACUCUUAAUGAAGAUCGUAAACUCUCGAUCCAACAGCUAGCAGAUUCUGUCAGGGAAGCAUGCGCAUUUCUCAAGAAAAUUCCUAGCACAAACCACGCAGCCAUUGCACGAGAAAUAACAAGGGUUGCAAAUUCCUUGGAGGGUUCAUUGCGUCAACUAAAAGAUUUGAAACCAGCUUCAUCUGAGAAUCCAACAAAUGAGAAUACUACUGAUGAAUUAACAACUGGUCUGAAUGAGAACUAUGAUGAUGAUGAUAAUGGAUCAUUUGAGGGUGGUGAGAUUGGAAAUGGCCUCUCACCUGAUGAGAUGAAAAUGGCAGUAUCGGGUGUAAUUGUUUUUUCUGACACACUAAUAGUAAUCAAGGAACUUGUCUGCGUCAUCACCGGAUUGGGUUGGCACUCAAAACCAGCCAACAAUGAUGUCAAACCUGUAAAGUUACCGGAGUUGUUAUUUGUACGCUGUCGUAAUAUCAAAGUGUGUUUGUACGAGCUUGGUGUAGAUUUAUACCCACCAUAA